AUGAAGCCUCCUCUCUCUCUCUCUCUCUCUCUCUCCGGGAUGCAGACAUAUCAUUUAGCUAUAUAGCUUUCUCUUAUCUCCAUCAAGCAAGUUAAAAAUUAAAAGAACAAAGUUUUCCACUAGAUCCAAUCCAAAAGUAGCUAUUCUAAUAGCAAUGAGAAAGCCGGAUCUAAUGGGGAAAGAGAGAGGAGUGAACAAUAACAAGGCUAAGCUUAGAAAAGGGUUAUGGUCACCUGAGGAAGAUGAGAAGCUCAUCAAGUACAUGUUAACUAAUGGUCAAGGUUGCUGGAGUGAUAUUGCUAGGAAUGCUGGCUUGCACAGAUGUGGAAAGAGUUGUCGUCUUCGUUGGAUUAACUAUUUGAGACCUGACCUCAAGAGAGGUGCUUUUUCCCCUCAAGAAGAAGAGCUGAUUAUCCAUUUGCACUCCAUUCUUGGCAACAGAUGGUCUCAAAUUGCGGCUCGUCUUCCUGGAAGGACAGACAACGAAAUAAAGAAUUUUUGGAACUCCACGUUGAAGAAAAGACUCAAGCUUAUUAGUAAUAACAAUCCUUCCACAAGCUCACCAAAUAAUGAUAGUGAUUCCUCAGUGCCUAGAGAUCCUGUCAUAGGAAAUAUCAUGCCUAUGCACAAUGAUGAUCAGGACCUAAUCGCCAUGUGCAUGGACUCAUCUUCUUCAUCAUCAGCAUCCAUCCAAGCCAUCGUUGCCGGCGGUGGCAACCAGUUCGAUCCUUUCUUAAUCCUUAAUAAUUAUCAGUUCGACGGGACCGGGGCUGCUGCUCUAUUUGACAUGUCUACAUGCUUAACUCAGGUGGGCAUGGGAGAUGGAUUUUAUGGUGAUUGUGGGAUUUUAGAGAAUCAUCAUAAUAAGAUUGGGAUAGAAAGGGACCUUUGUGUUCCUCCACUAGAGAGUAGUAGAAGUAUUGAAGAGGAGGAAAAGAAGAAUAAUAAUAAUGCUGUAACUAAUCACAGCAUUAUUAGCGUGAAAAGCAAUAUCAACAAUAACAUCAACAACCACUUGAACAAUAAUAAUUCUUGCUUCAAUAACACUGAUCAUCAUCACCAUCAUCAGAACUUAAAAGUAGAGGACAUGUUUGGGUUUGAAAAUCAUUGGCAAGGAGAAAACUUAAGAAUGGGAGAAUGGGAUUUGGAGGGUUUGAUGGAAAACAUUUCUUCCUUUCCUUUCCUUGAUUUCCAAGUUGAAUAAACCUGCCACAUUUUGAGCUCUCUCUUUCUCCUUCUCUCUCUCCCCUUAAUCCAAGAAUGUGCUAGGAAAUUUUGGGCAUGCACAUUCUUUUUCAAAUCAGACACUACUGCAUUCUUCUUCUUGAUAUCUCUGAAACCUUUCUUUCUCAGCCAUAUAUACUAUUUCUUUAAUUUCUUUGUUGUUGGUCAGAUGAUGAAUCUGCAAUAAAAUAUUGCGAAGUGGAGAAUAUAUAUAUAUAUAUGUAUUGGGUGGGUAUGUAGAGAGAUUCUCGUAUACGAUGGAGUAGUAGUUUCAAUUUCUUUGCAAGAGGCAAAACCUUGGAUUCAUUUCUUGGGGUGCAAUAAUCAUCGUUCCCUAUCAAGAGAAAUGUGAAUAGAAUAGGAGAGAAAGUGUAUAUGAGGAAAUAAAAGAUUAGUUGGCGAUCCCAAUUGUAGUUACUUUCUUGUACAAACAAGGAAAUAAUGAAGAGGGUCCAUGUUUUUAGUUAAAGAUACAAUACACGCUUUGUAAACACUCACUAAUAAGAAAUUUCAUGCAAUAUUUUCUCUUUU